AUGUACAUUGUACAGUUCAGGGCGCUGCAGCAUGUUCUGAAGAACCGGGUGAGUAUCAUCCAGGGUCCUCCCGGAGCAGGGAAAACUUUCAUAGGAACCAAGAUACUAGAGAUACUGCUCCGACUUGAGAAACCAUCAACCCGACCCAUCCUGGUAAUCACGUAUAAGAACCAUGCCCUGGAUGAAUUCCUAGGUGGUCUCCUGGACACUCAUGCAGUGUCUAAGUGGAAUAUGGUGAGGAUCGGUGGUAAAUGUUCCGAUCAUCGGCUGGAGGAUUGUCGGAUGUAUAAUGUAUUACGAAGAAAGGAGUAUGUAGGACGACACCAGAUCAACGAGAUGAACGAUCAGAUCGCCCAUCUUAACAAAAGGCUGCAUGAGGAAAUAUCCAGGUUUCCUGUCGGGUUGAAGUUGGCUGAUAUAGUGUUUUAUAUGUCUGAUAUAGAUAUAUAUAAUAUACUGACUGAUUCCAAUACUAACGAGGACAUGAUCCGUAUCAUACAGAGAAAUAUAUGGCAGACUGGAGCAACCAUGCAGGAUAUGAUUUUAGAAAGUCCUCCGGACAAGAAGCUAUCGAGUGAUUGGAGGGAAAUCAAAAACAAAUUCUGGAAUUGGAUUCCAUCGAACAUAGAUUUCAGUCGGUUUGCGAACCAUAUUGGAAAGAUGAAACAGAGUCUGACUAAGAUUCAGUUGAUCAGGGAAACACAGAAGAACAUUGAGGAGGAUAAUGUUGAGCAGCAGGAUCAAACUGAAGUGAAGGAGUGGGAUAAUGAGAGAAAACACUAUUCGGAUGAUUCUGGACGCGGAGGUCCAGCCGGAGAUUUUCGCAUGGACAUAACUGAAAUCCGCCAGACUGGAUUUAUCUGUAAACUUGAUAGUUUCCCAGACACCUGCCCUUUAGAUAAAGAUCUUUUGUCUGGGGAGAUACCUGUCGAAGACAUGUUGACAGAUGAGAAGAUAAAAUACCUGUAUGCUGUUCUGUGUCAGCGCCAAGAGUUAAUGAAUCUGGAAGCACUAUAUGAAAAAUUAGAUGAAGCACAAAGAAAGAAAGAAAGCCUUGAAAUGGCAAACAAAGCAGAAUCACUGAGUGACAUGAAGGUCAUAGCUAUGACAAUUACAGGAGCUUCUAUAAAUAACUCCUUGCUGAAGAUGAUAGAUCCUGAAAUAGUGAUGGUGGAAGAAGCAGCUGAGAUACUGGAACCCCAGCUUCUGGUUGCUCUGACAGCUCGACUCAAACAUCUUAUUAUGAUUGGAGACCAUAACCAGUUACCCCCUCAGGUUGAAACAUACGAGCUGAAGAACAAAUUCAACUUUGAUGUGUCCAUGAUGCAAAGGCUGGUGCAGAACAACCUACCCUACAUCCAGCUAGAAAUGCAAAACAGGAUGCGCCCUGAUAUCGCGGAACUGCUGAAGGAUAUUUAUCCUAAUCUUCUUAGUAAUCAUGGCAGAGUAGACUCUAUUGAGCUUCCCGUAACUCUUACGCAUUCAUCAAUAUUCUGGACACACAAAGAGGAGGAAAAGGGGGAUAGAAGUGCCAAUAAUCCUACGGAAGCUGAGAUGGCACUGAGUCUUGCAACUCUUCUGGUUACCUACGGAGCUGAACCAAGGGACAUAACUAUUCUCUGCGCUUAUCUGGGUCAAACAAGUCUGGUAAAAAUUCAAAUGCAGAGUUAUCUCACUAAAUACAAGGUUCUCAACAAUACACCAUUCAUCAUUUCAACUGUGGACAACUACCAGGGAGAUGAAAACAAGAUUGUUAUUGUUUCUCUUGUUCGCGGGAAUCCCAAAGGAACAGUUGGUUUUCUUAAAGAUCUUCCUAGAAGAUGUGUAGCUCAGUCCAGAGCCAAGUCAUGUGUUAUCUUCAUAGGAAAUGAGUUGACUAUAAGGAAAGCUGACUGUUGGGAUGUAUUGAUGGACAAGGUCCAACAUCUAGGACCUCAGGUUUAUAUAUCCUGUCCUCUCCACCCUGUAAACCAGCUGAGUUUGGACAGUGUAAAGAAGAUACAAAAUCUUCUUGAAACCCCAUCAGAACUCUGUACUGUACUUUGUGGGAAUCUGCAUCUAUGCUUGAACAAGGAUCAUGCAUGCAAACUUCCAUGUCAACCAAGGCAUGAACACACCAAGUGCCGGACCAAGGUUGGCUAUGUAUGUCCGGACUGUGGCAGGGAUGUUACCAAACGCUGCUAUGACAAAGAUCCUCAAUGCAUAGAAGUUAUAGACUUUGUAUAUCCAAGAUGUGGCCACCCUGAUAAAAGGGCUUGCUUUAGAGGAGUAGAAGAAGAGGAAAGACUCGAGUGCAAACUUCCCUGUGUUGAGACAAUGAGCUGUGGAAAACACAACUGUGUUAAACAAUGUGGCGAAACUCAUUCUCAUGAUAAAUGCAGUAAGAUGGUAGAUACACAGUUUAGCUGUGGACAUGCUGGGACGAAGAAGUGUUACAAGAAGGAUUCAGAAGUGAAGUGCAUGAAGGAUAUACUGAAACAGUUCCCCGCCUGUCCACACAGUGUCAAGGUUGAAUGCAGUGCAUCGAUGAAAGAAAUCAAGUGUAAUACAGAGGUAAAGUUUAUCUCUCAGUGCGGACACACAAAUGUGAAGAUGUGUUAUCAAAGUGUUCUUGACGUAAAGUGCAAGAAAGUCUGCAAUAAGAUUCUGCUUUGUAACCAUAAAUGUGAACGAAGUUGUGGAGAGGAUGUCUGUGGUUCUUGUAAAAGAUGUGAAGAGCUGGCUAUACAACAAAUCAAGAAAUCCAGAGAGCAUGCACGGAGAGAAGUAAAGAAAAUUGAAAACAUGUUAAAAUUCCGAAGAAAUCCCAAGCCUACAAGUCAGGUUGUGGAGCCACUUCAUGACGAGUUUGAUGGAAUCAAAGAUUUUACUCUUAAGUACAUCGUUCCUCUUCAUAAUUGGUUUCCCAUAAUAGAGAGAGUAGAACGAGUUGAAAACCUUCGUCUACAGAAAGCCUGGUGGAAGGCUAAGAGUGAAUUGUUUGAUCCUGUCAGAGAUUGGAGUUAUAAGUUCCAUGGAACUGAUAAUAAGGCAGUUCAAAAUAUCUGCUUUGGUAGCGGGUUCAGACUGCCGAAGCAAUCUAACCGGAAUAUGUUUGGGCAGGGAGUUUAUUUUGCCAGUAAUUCAUCCAAGUCUGCUCAGGAAAUAUAUACUAAGAAGAGUAACAAGCUGUUGGUGUGUAAGGUACUGCUAGGCAAAUCUCUAGCUGCUACAACGGCCAUGAACACCUUAACUCCAGAAGAGAUGAAGAAGAAGAGAUAUGACUCUCUGUAUGCUGCAGCUGGAACGUGUAAUCUAAAGAAUGAUGAGUUUAUUAUAUAUGAUCCAGCUCUAGCUCUCCCUGCCUACAUAGUUCACUACAGAAAUGGAUCUCCAGGAGAAAAUUCUUCUCUUCCGUUAUUUAAAUCCAUCCCACCCCAGCAGAUAUUCAAGAUUUCAACAGUAUUCCCCAAGAAAGCCUACAAUGACAAGAAUCCAUACGAGAUACAAUACCUGCUCGCAGAAACUGUGUUCUACAGAAUACCUUCAUCUAUCAGGGACACAAAACCUAAUAUACAGUUUAUAGAUAUUGUGAUGAACCCAACUCUCAAUGCCAAGUUUGACCGUAUGAAGAGAGUGUUGAGUUGCGAGGAGACCCAGUUGUUCUACAUGUUUAAGUUAGAUGAUCUCCAGGAUGUGUUGAAGACCAACUUUAACACCACACAUCUGAAGACGCUGGUUGGAGAAAAAGGAUUGUAUUUUGCAGAUCGUCCCGAAUCCAGUGAUCAGUAUAAACCUGGAUGCAAAUCUGUUCUACUGUGCAAAGUUCUGCAAGCUGGUUUGAAGAAAGUCCCCACUGGAUGUAUGCUGCCCAGUAAUCUUUCCUCUUUGUCGGAUAGAGUCCUUCCAGCCUUCGUAAUCAACUUUACCGGGACCCUAUAGUGGAAACCUAUCCCAUAUUAUAGAAUAUUAAUAUUCUAAUAUUCUUCGUAAUCAACUUUACCGGGACCCUAUAGUGUAAACCUAUCCCAUAUUAUAGAAUAUUAAUAUUCUAAUAUUCUUCGUAAUCAACUUUACCAGGAUUUUUAGUGCGCACUGCACAGUGCACACCUCCCAUUUAUUGCACGCUAUAUAUUUUCAAUAUUGUUUAAUGUAAAUCAUGCAUGAAAAUCCCAUAUUAGUGUCCCUUUAGUGCAAAAUUUCGACAUAUAUUGCACUGCACGCUAUAUUUGCAAUAUUGUGAAAUACAAACCAUGCGAGCAUGAAAAUCCCAGGGUUAUUUUAGUGGUAACCCGUCCUUUAAUAUUGAGACAUACUUUAAAACCUUUUAACCAAAAACUGUGUUACUAGAAAAUUUACUUCGACAAAAUGUAUAUGUUUCUAUUUUUUCACAUUUAUGUAAAACGUUGAAAAUGUCGUCUUCUAAAGUUAAUAGAAUUAUUUGCUAAACUAAUGACUUCUGUAAAUUCAUAUUUUUACCAAGUUUAACUGACUUGAACGGGUAAAACAUCACUUUACCAAUGUUUGGACAAGAAUCUUAUUAGUGCAGUGUAAGAAGUUGACUAGUAUUUUGAAAAUUUAUUUUAUUUCUAAACUACAUUGUUUGCUGUUAGAAGAUACAAUAAAAUGUGAAAUUAU